ACUUCAGUGUGGUCGGAUGAAUCCCCGUACACGUACUUUCCAAUCAGCAGUAAAAAGGGACCGAGCAAAUCCGAUUGUUGUCUGAAGGUUGUUCGGCUGGCGAACAAUCGGUUCGAUUGGCAGGCUGACCAGUGCAAUUUCCUUAAAAAAUUGACGAGUGACAUGGUGAACAUGAGCCUGGCGAACACAACUGCGAAUGCCACCGUGUUCAGCUGGAGCACUUCGGGCACCAAUUGGGAACCAUCCCGGAUUCGCAGUGGAGGACUUGAAACCCGCGGGACCCUUCACGCCUCCGAGUCUCCGUCGCACCUGUUUCAACUACACAGUGGACUCGUUCAAGGGCAAGUCGUUGGNGAGGACUUGAAACCCGCGGGACCCUUCACGCCUCCGAGUCUCCGUCGCACCUGUUUCAACUACACAGUGGACUCGUUCAAGGGCAAGUCGUUGGUUCUUGCCGGGCUCGACGACUUGGUCAUUUAUGAUGUCAAGGCCCAUCCGGUCGUGGACGGAUUCCCCGUGGUCGACCCACCGAUUGUGCAAAGGAUAACCACUGCGCCGUCGAGAGAAGUUUAUUAUUUCACCACCCCAGAAGGAGUGACAACUGUAACUUGGGCUACUUUGGUUAGUCAAGAUCAAGAGGAUUAUCCAGUGCAAGUCAGCUAUUGUUUGAAGGACAAGAAUAAUUGCGAGACUGUAUCUGGAACGGCAUUGAGCACAAAGAUCGGGAAAUUGGAGUUUAGCAAAUCUUACAAUGCAACAAUCACCGAGACCAACGGCUUGAAACGAUCAACGAAUUUUCAAUUCGUUUCAGGGACUAUGUGCACCUCAACCGAGUUUCAAACGACGUCCAAGGACUGUUUCUGGGUGCGACAAAAGUUGUUCGUUUAUCUGGACGCGUUGAAUAUGUGCAAAGAGGCUGCAGGAGGACAGUUGGCAACGCUGUAUAGCUCGCUUGAGGAAGAAUUGGCGGCGAAUUUGAGCAAAAAGUACUCCCGAGACCUGUGGAUUGUUGAACGAACCUUGAGACGCAAACGCCAAACAGAUUUCAGCGAGGGAGACACUUCGGAAUCUCAAGAUGUUGAGGUAAUCGGAGUUGGAAGCACUGACAGCGUCUGUUGGGCAAUAGGAGUUAAUUCACAGCUGAGAGAAAACGUCACUGACUGCAGAACUUCCAAAAAAGCUGCUUUGUGCCAUCGUUCUAUUGCGGCUCGAACGGGAAUGCCGGUGACUCAGUUAGGUUCCCAAUCAUCUUUCAAAAUUGAGAGGCACUCGAAAGCUGCUAAAAUUGGCUGGAUAUCAGACCCUUCUUCCUGGAAAGCGAGUUUUUCAAUCACCGUUUCGAAAAAUAACCCAGGACAGCAGAGCAGACGUAGAAGAUCUAUCGAAUCCUUCGGCGUUUUCGAUGCUGUGGAAACCUCGGGCUCCGUGUCCACGAUUACAAAAGAUUUCAAUUCACCGCCAGUCGUGCUGGAAGGACUCGAGCAAGGCGUGAGUUACACGGCGUCGAUUACGGGAGAUAUUGGGGCAGUUAGUAAGGAAAGAAGUGGAUCUUUCACAAUUCCCGGAGAAAUAAACGUGGACAAUCUUGCCACGAACAAAGCUAUGGAAAUUCUCUGGAAUCUUGUGACCGCCUUCAUGAUCGCCGUUUGCGUCUUGGGAAUUAUGACGUAUGUCGCCAGUGGGGCGUAUUUCUUCGACGUAGUGCUGGAGAUUGGGAUGCUUUUGAGCCUGUUUGUCGCCAAUCUCGUGUUGCUCGUCAAGCCUCCUUAUCAAUUCAUGGGAAGUUGUGAAUCGGUUGCACAUGCCUUGCACUUCCUGUUCAUUGCUGCCUGUGCAAAUUUGGCAGCUGAAGCGGUCACUGUGUACCAAAGACUGCACAACGAUUUGAGCACAUACGGCAAAAGGACUCAGUUUGGGAUCCUUGGCAUUGUUUGGGGCAUCCCAGCGAUAAUGACAGGCAUUAUGGCUGGGGUCAAAUCUGAACCUGGGUUGACUGAUCCGUUGCAACCUGGAAGUUGUGAAUCGGUUGCACAUGCCUUGCACUUCCUGUUCAUUGCUGCCUGUGCAAAUUUGGCAGCUGAAGCGGUCACUGUGUACCAAAGACUGCACAACGAUUUGAGCACAUACGGCAAAAGGACUCAGUUUGGGAUCCUUGGCAUUGUUUGGGGCAUCCCAGCGAUAAUGACAGGCAUUAUGGCUGGGGUCAAAUCUGAACCUGGGUUGACUGAUCCGUUGCAACCUGUGUGCUGGUUGAAAAUUGACAGACGUUCGUUCCACUUUUGGUGGUCAGUUGUGCCGAUUUACGGCUGCAUCAGUGUCCCACUCAUGUGCGGAAUCCUUCACAAGUACAAGCAAAAACUACAAAUUGCAGAAGCUGGCGGAAAGACCAGGAAGUGGACUGAAGGAGUCGACGGUUGGAAUGAUGCCUUGAAAAGGACGAUGACUUAUAACGUGACGUGGUGGACAUUGAUUGUAAAUUCGAUGCUUUUGGGCGUUUACUGGGCAAUGGGUGUGGCGACCAUUCAAGACAGUCUGAACGUGACGACACGGAUUAUUUUCUUCAUCUUCUGCAUUAUUCUGGGCGUCGCCCUUCUCUGUUCAAGAGUCCUGGUCGAUCUAGACGUGAAAAGUGGUUUGAAGGACAAAUGUUUCCGAAGUCGAACAGCAACGAAAACACCCUUGACACCAUUUUCGGAACAGAAGAAUGGAAGACCUUUUGUCAUUGGAGGAAUUCACAAAGAAGACAAAACAAUUGGAGCAGGACAAGGAAUUUCGACAAGUAGUGCUGCUUCGGAUUCGUCCAUAAUUUUACUCACUGGGGUGCAAUACAUGAGUCCAAAAAGGAAACAUCCUCCACAAAGCAAAGCCGUGACGAUGAUCCUGUUCAGCUUGGGAUACUGGUCGCAAAUAAUCGUCACAAUCGAACUGACCAUUGACACUGCACUGCCAAUCCCGAGUGUCAGCAGCAUGAAGAAGAACAAAACUGCAAAAAAC